UAGAAUAGCAGAUAACCUUUUUAAUAUACUAAUCCUGUGUAAAUUAUUCUUUCAUAGAUAUUAAAAAAUAUAUAACAAAAAUUAAUUUUACGUUUUAUGUGUAUUAUUCAAAUCAAAGACAUAGGAUAAUAAUCAUUCGAUUGUGUAUACUAACUUUCUAAUACGGUUACGUACUUUUUAUUUUAUGUGAUUCACUUGCGUUAUUAAGAAGAUGCGUGGCGGUACACUUCGAAUUGUUAAUUUUUUGUUUUUACAAAAACGUUUCUGUUCUCAACAAGUGAGAGUGAGAUUUGCUCCGAGUCCUACUGGUUAGAUUUUUUUUUUUUUGUUUUUUUACAUGCGGAUUCUCGCAUUACUAUAACAUAUGGCUAUUUACAUUUGGGAGGCUUGCGUACUGCUCUGUACAAUUAUUUAUUUGCACGUGCUAAUAAUGGCACAUUUAUUUUACGAAUUGAGGAUACAGAUAAAUCUAGAACAAUACCUGGUGCAAUAGAAAAAUUAUAUGAUGACUUGAUAUGGGUUGGAAUUAUAUCCGAUGAAGAUCCGAUGAGAGGUGGCCCAUACGGACCUUAUCUUCAAUCUAAACGACUUGAAAUAUAUAAAGAAAAUAUAAAAACACUUCUUGAAAAUAAAACUGCGUAUUAUUGUUUUUGUUCAGAGAGUAGAAUGAAUUUAUUAAGACGAGAAGCAAUAAAAAAUGGACGUGUGUCUAAAUAUGAUAAUAAAUGUAGACAUUCUACCGACGAUGAGAUCAAUGAAAAAUUAAAAAAUGGAAUACCAUAUUGUAUUCGAUUUAAGCUAUCAUCAGAUAUAGAAGUAUUCGAUGAUAUGAUUUAUGGUCGUGUAGCUCAUGAUAUUACACAGAUUGAAGGUGAUCCUGUAAUUAUGAAAUCUGAUGGUUUUCCUACUUAUCAUUUUGCAAAUGUUGUUGACGAUCAUUAUAUGAACAUUUCUCAUGUUUUAAGAGGAGUAGAGUGGCAAAUAUCUACCCCUAAACAUAUAAUGCUUUAUAAAGCAUUUGGUUGGAAGCCACCUAUUUAUGGUCAUUUACCUUUAAUAUUAAACAGCGAUGGUUCAAAAUUAUCCAAACGACAAGAUGGUAUAAGAAUUGAUUCAUUUCGAAAUUCUAAUAUCUUUCCAUUGGCAUUAUUGAAUUAUGUUACUCAGGCUGGUGGUGGUUUCAUAAGAAAUUCAGAUGUUCAAAUAUAUACUUACGAACAUUUGAUUAAACAGUUCGAUAUUAAAAGGAUAAAUGGAAAUUCUUCAAAAUUAGCACCUGAAAAAUUAUUAGAACUUAAUAAGUUAGAGAUAUCUCGAUUAUUAAGCAAUCAAAAUAAUUAUAAAUUUUUGGUUGAAAGAGUAAAAAAAAUAGUACAAGAAACAUUUUCAAAUUGCGAAGAUAAAAUACUUAAAUUAGACGAAGAUCACAUUAUUCAAACUUUGAAAUGGGCACAAUAUAGGAUUAAUAAGUUAAGCGAUCUUGUAAAACCUGAUUUUGCAUUUAUAUGGGUUAUACCAACUUCUCUUCCUGACAUUAUUUCAUCUAAAUUUAUAGGCGCUAUUAAAAAUUUGGACGAAAAAUUAACUGAGACUGAUGAGAACAAUUUAUCAACAGAUAUAUCGAAAUUAUAUUUAAAAGAACUUGCUGAAAAGAAUGAUAUUUCAUUUCCUAGUUUGAUGAAAACGCUUCGUAAAGUUCUUAGUGGUUUAGAGAAAGGACCAGGUGUAAUCGAAAUGAUCGAAAUUCUGGGGAAAAAUGAGACACAAUUACGUUUGAAACGUUGCCUUUCAUGAAAAAAUACAAUGAUAUUGAAUAUUGGAUGAAACCAAAAGGCUCGUGUAAUGAUCUUGAAAACACAUGAUAUUUUGAAUAUUUCAAUUAAUAGAUGAUCCAAUGAUAUUUACAGUUUUAACGAUGCAAUCUAUGUAAAUACUUUUUUCUUUUUUUUUUUUCUUUUUUUUUUUUUUUUCAAGAAAAAUCAUUUAUGUAAGUAAAUGCAAAAAAGGCAAUAUGUAACUAAGAAUUUCUUAUUAAUAAUGAUUCAAAAGUUUGAUGUUUUUCUUGUGUAUAAUAGUGUUUCUCAUAAAAUUCUUUUAAUAUAUUUGACUUUAAUAUAACAUUUUCGUUUAUUAUUUCUAAUCAUGAAAAUAGUACAAAUAAAAAUUACAUGAAGAUAAUAUGUAAUUUAUUGUAAUUAUAUAAAUUUUUUUCAUUCCAUAGAUAAAUUUUAUAUUGCCAAAUACUUUUAUUUGAUAUCACUAACACUUAUGAUUAUACGAUUAAAUCACAAAGCUAUUAGUAGCUUCUUGGAAUAUUAUCAGAGUAAUUGAUCUUUUUUAAUCGAUAUAAAAAAAUUCAAGAUUGAUAUACUUUAAUAUAGAUUAUGUAGAUCCCGUUAUAGAAACGUUAUCUUCAGUGUUUUAUGUCAAUGAUCGAGGAUUCGAUUUAAGCGCUAUCUAGCGCCGGAAUGUUCUAAUUAAUCUUGCAAGCGCAUCCCCUGACGAUAGGCAACAUUAGUAAAUAUCUAAAUGUAAAAUUUGAAUAAAGAAUCCCGAAUGUUAUCUCAUCGUUACAUUUUUAAUUAUUAGAUCGUUUUUUUUUUUGUUAUUUUAAGUUAUACAUAACAAAAAUUCAUCAUUAUUUUAUAGAAGUAAAAUAUAUCGAAGUACUUAACAAAUUGUAUUUCUAUAUUUUCUAAUGGUAUACUACAAAUAUGUUUUGAUUAUAGAAUUUUUUUUAUUUAUUUUUUUUUUUUUUUUGUUAAGAUCGUAUACUUAUAUAUCGUUUAGAUAAUAUUGAACACAAUCGCAUAUUCUUAAAUAUAUCCAAAAAUACAAAUAUGCAAUAUUUUAAUACAAUGUCGAUAAAUUAUGUUAAUUUAUUUAAUAAUGUAUAAGGGCACUAUUUACCAUGUAUAAAAUUCUUAAGUGCAGCCUAUCUGAUGGCAAAUUGAAGAAAAACUUGAAUUAAAAGAAAAAGAAAAUGAAAAAAAAAAGAAAAAAAGAAAAAAAAAAAGAAAGGACGAAAAUUUUUAUAU